CAGCUGAGCGGUACUAAGCUAAAACAUACACACGCAUCACAUCGCAUCAUAUCAGCCACUGGAGAAGAGGAGUACCGGUUCUUAGGUCUACAAUGAACUGGACUGAUUUACUGAUAACUACGUUCAUGUUUCUCAAUGUCGCAUUUGACAAGGGUAAGAUCCUUUCAAAUCUCAUUUGAGUCUUUUAGUAGGCGGACAUUUCACUUGCAGGUCACAACAUGUUUUAAGAAAUACUGCAACUCAUGCAUGUCGCUCGGCAAUUUUUUUUUCGGUUUUCCUUUCCCAAUGCUUAUUUUUGAUGCUCAGGACAAUUAUGUCUAGUUUCAAGCGCGUCUGUUUGGAAUCAGAGUCUUAAACGGACUACUUACUGUAUCACGUGCAGACACGUUAAUUGUUUUGAUUCUGCUCAUAUAUAAAAGUGGUUCAUUUUCACUUACUCUAUGCAUGAUGCUCAUGGACUCAUUUAAACUUAUUUAGAUAAGCGACGCAUGAAAACUUGGCGGUACAUUUCGCUUCAUGAAACAGAAACUUAAUUCUAGUUUUCGAGAUGUUUUCAAUCGUACCUUAGUUUCCAAUAUUCGAAUUUGCAAGUAAAAGUUGAAAAUCGACGGAAAACGCAGGAAUAACUGAACUGAAUAAAACUAGGAACUAAAGCGGUGAGUUGAAAAGAAAGUACCAUAACUGCUCUAAUAGCAGAGAGGUGACAUUUUACAAGCUUAUUUUCAACCACCGGCCUUUCUCAGUUUGCUUUAAACAUUUCUUUAGCGAGCAUUUAUUUUGUAAAGCCCUCUUCGCCCACUUGCAGCCACUCAAAUUUGUUAUAUUGCAUUAAGCGGUUUGUUGCUAUUUUUCCUAAUUAGUCACGAAAUUCAAAUGAUGCUUAAUUAUCGGAAGCCGGCCUUGACAUGCAGUUGUUCUGCGGUUGAAUUUUUACGCGAUACAUUCACAUAAUUAUCUUCAUUCCGGAUCCUUUCGGAAAUAAUUUGCUCGAUCGUUCGUCUUCGACUCUAUUGUUUGAUCGUUCGGUGAAUGUUCUUCGUUUCCCGGCUCAGUUUUUUUUUCACCUUGCUCUCUCAUUUCAUUACUGGUUCAUCGAUUGAUUCUUCUUUUAAAAAUAGAUUGUGUAUUUUUCUUUUUGUUUCGUCCAUAAUUUUGUCUGUUUGUUUUUCCUUUAUUCUUCAAUAACAUUUUUCACUUUAUUACUUGUAGCGGAUGCAGCUCUCUCAUUCAAAGAUCAGUGUGUGAAGUGGCAUAAUGAAUAUCGCAGUAGGCACCAGGUAAUUUAUUAUAAGCCUGUAUUUAAAAACUUAAGCUGCAAACAAAGUGAAACAGCUCGAAAGAGAAACUUCAAGCUCUCUUUGCCGAAGCUUGACAGCCGCUUUCUUUUGAACCACUUGCAGAUUUUUGUCAAGACAAUUAGAUUAUUGGGUGUCUAUUUCUAUGGGUGUCUAUUUCUAUGCGUACUUGGUGAUUUGGGCCUAGACCUCAUCAACCCUCUUGCGAUACAAAUCCCGAGCUCAAAAUUUAACAAAGAAUUCGCUGAGCGUGGGCGUCAAUUAGUGACCUCAGUUGAUGAGCGAAAGGUAAUGCAGAUUAUACAUAUACGAGUAACUUUUGUGGUCGUUUCCAUUACGUAUAUCUGAUCUUUAUUUUUAAAUCCGUUAUCUCUAAGACUUCGAAUUUCGACAGUUUCAAACUUACACCAGCAUUAAAUUCCUGAAAAUUUCAUUUUUAAACUGUAGGUCGGCCCUUUAGUCUGGAGCGACAACCUCGCGCAAGGUGCGCAAUCCUGGGCGGACUAUCUGGCAGAAAACAAUCUGUUUCAACACGCAGCAAACAGCCCGGUGGGAGAGAACCUAUAUUUGUCCUCUCGCAAGCCUAUGGAACCCUGUACCUCUGCAACGAAAGCUUUCUACGAUGAGGUCAAAUAUUAUGAUUAUAACAACCCAGGAUUUUCUCAAAGGACAGGUCACUUCACUCAGGUAAUUGAACUUACAAAGUCGUGAAAAAAGUCUGCCAUAGAGAAAAUACUUGAAUUGGGUAAGUCAAACUGAACUAAUCAGCAUUCCAAUCAGAUGGACAUUCGCUAUAGCCAGUUGCUUCGUGAUUCAAAGUCAGUCAUCGCUCGUCUCAGUCAAAGAUAAUUUGUAGAAAAGAGAGCCUUGCACUUUUCCUGACGUUUUAUUGAUAAGAUAGAGUUACAAAUGUUUAUCUAGUUUUAAUUUUUUUCAAAUAUUUCUUACAGGUUGUGUGGAAAAACACAAAACAGAUAGGAGCAGCAUAUGCCACCAGAAAGGAUGGCAGAUUUGUUUUGGUGAUAAGAUAUUCUCCUCCAGGAAAUUAUCGUUUCCAGUUUAGCCAGAACGUUUUACCAAUCAAAGAAGAAACAAAAACCACUACCCCUACUCACACAGAAGCAAGUGCAACGUCGACAGCCCCUGCCCCUCCCGGUGGGGGAGUAUCGGGUCAGAUAUGUUGCUCUUUUGCAAACAAAGUUCUUUUGAUAAUUUCCGCGAUCAUAGUUGUCAAAAUUGGCUUCUGAUAGUAAAGUAGAAAAUGGGAAUCCUUUCAUUUACGAUGUCGAAUAAAUUUCAUGCGUUUUAGGUCGUUUAAGUCCUGUUUCGAAGUGAAAGUAUUACAUUUUGAAGAGGACAACCCAUAAAAAAAAUUGUGUUAAAAAGUAUAGCGUACCUCAAAAUGGAAACGGUCUAGAUAAGGAAAAAACCCAAAGAGCCAAGAA